UGCAAGGUGUGUGUGUGUCACCCAGCCCCCUCCCCCCCUCUCUUUGUCCCUCCUCUAGUCGUCGGAGGAGCGCUCUCCAUCUAGCCGCGCAUCCUGCUCCAGAGUACCACCAGGAUGAUCCGCCGCUGCACCGACACCGACAACCUUCACUUCACUUUCACACUCAUUUAACCCUUCACUCGGACCCCGGCCGCCGCGCUACACCCAUGCUUUGCCCUCCUCCUGAGAUGCGAUACUAUUGUACAAUUUCCCGGAGAAUAUCUUCAUCUUCCGUCGCUCCUCGUUGAUAGAGAGCAUGCCAGACACGGGGUCGGCAGCGUCAGGCGCUGCAGCCACGGCGGCCGCCAGUGGUGCGGCUGCCUCCGGCGAAGGCACCGAGAGCUCCCGGCACCGACACCGAGCGCAGCAGGGAGACGCGGAGAGGCCGGAGCCGGGCGCUGCCCCGUCACAGAGCUCCUCCGGAGUACUGGAUAAGUUGUUUGGAAAGCGGCUGCUGCAGGCCGGGAGACACAUCAUGUCUCAUAAGUCUUGGAUGAAAACGGUGCCCACGGAGAACUGUGAUGUCCUCAUGACAUUUGCAGACACUAUAGAUGACCACACGUUGCUAUGGUUACUGAACCACAUCCGGCUGGGAAUCCCAGAGCUCAUCAUCCAAAUACGACAUCACAAGCACACACAAGUCUACGCAUUCUUCGUCACCGCUACAUAUGAAAAUUUGUUGCGAGGUGCUGAGGAGAUGGGAUUGAGGAAAGCGGUGAAGCACGAGUUUGGCGGAGGAGCACGAACCUUCUCCUGUGAGGAGGACUACAUUUACGAGAACAUCGAGAGUGAGCUGUGUUUCUUUACUUCACAGGAGAGGCAAAACAUCAUUAAAUACUGGCUGGACAAUCUACGUGCCAAACACGGGGAGGUGCUCCAUAAUAUAAACUUCCUGGAGGGUCAGCCAAUCAUCCCGGAGCUGAGUGCGCGAGGUGUAAUCCAGCAAGUAUUUCCCCUCCAUGAGCAGAGGAUCCUCAGUCAGCUGAUGAAAUCCUGGGUCCAGGCUGUUUGUGAGAAACAGCCUUUAGAUGAUAUUUGUGACUACUUUGGGGUGAAGAUUGCCAUGUAUUUUGCCUGGCUGGGAUUUUACACCACUUCUAUGUUAUAUCCUGCUGUGAUCGGCUUCGUGCUGUGGAUGCUCACUGAGUCAGAUCAGACAAGCCGUGACAUCUGCUGCGUGGUGUUUGCAUUGUUCAACGUGGUGUGGGCCACUCUAUUUCUGGAGCGUUGGAAGAGGAGGGGGGCUGAGCUGGCAUUCAAGUGGGGAACACUGGAUACACCGGCUGAAUCUCUGGAGGAACCACGGCCUCAGUUCCGGGGAGUCAAGCGCUGCAGUCCUAUAACAGGAUGUGAGGAGUUCUACUAUCCUCCGUGGCGGAGGCGUGUAUUCAGGUGGCUGGUCAGCCUGCCCAUCUGUAUCCUCUGUCUCUGCUUUGUCUUCCUGGUCAUGCUCAUCUGCUUUGAGCUGCAGGAGUUUGUGAUGGGGAUCAAGGAAAUGCCUCGGCUAGCUCGCUUCAUCCCCAAAAUCAUGCUAGCUAUCACUGUGACUGCAUGUGACGAGGUGUACAGGAAAAUCGCCUGCUGGCUCAAUGACAUGGAAAACUAUAGACUCCAGAGUGCCUAUGAGAAAAAUCUCAUCAUCAAAAUGGUUCUUUUUCAGUUUGUAAAUUCUUAUCUCAGCCUUUUUUACAUUGGAUUCUACCUCAAAGACAUGGAGCGCCUGAAAGAGAUGCUGGUGGUGUUGUCUCUGUUAAGGAGUCUGCAGCGGCAGGUCCGGGUCAAUGUGCUGCCUUUCCUCUUCUUGAAGAUCAAGAUGCUUGUGGUCUCUGUUCCCUGGUUCUUCAGGGCUUUACUCAGGUCCAAAGUAUGCUCCAUGUACAUCCACUGUGUGGGCGAGAGGUCUCAGAUGCUGGCCACUCUGCUCAUAAUACGCCAGUUUCUUCAAAAUGUGAAGGAGGUGUUGCAGCCUUACCUGUAUGAGCGCCACAAGCUGGGCGAGCUCACACCGCGAGCUCUGUGGGACCUGCUGCUCUCAGUGCUGCUGAAAUACGCCCGACUGGCAGCUGGAAAAGCCCAGGCCUCUCCCACCGACCAGGCCAUGCCGGGACCUGGACUGAGGGGCACCAGGUCUGGGUUGGGGCAUCUAGAUAGAAGGGAAAAGAAGUGUUUGAACGGGGGAUGCGGGGUGCCAGAUGAGGAUGAUGGAGGUGAGAGGGACGAGGCUGACAGCGGGAGGUUCAGUGAAGGAGAGACUGAGGAGGAAAGUCUGAUUGACUGCGGUUUGAAGCUGAGGAAAGUCAGCUUCAUAGAGAAGGUGGACAGAAGGCCAGUCUGCAGUGGACCCCCCAUGGACAUGAGUUUCCUGGAAGAUGGAAGCCCCACAAUGGUGGAAAAAGGAAUGGACCCUGCCUCUGUAUUUGAGAUGUGUGACGACGACGAUGAUAAUGGCAUCCAUGAUGUGAAGGAGUCAGGUGGCGGAGCGACAUGUGCGACUGAGGGAAUUAAUGCUGCUGCUGCCAGUGCUGCCCCGCUGGCUACUGGGUCUGAGAGCAGCACAUCACUGCGACACAGAAGAAGAGGCAGGAGCACAGAGAGACUUGAGCCUAAGACAAAAAGGGAAUCAUGGAUUAACCCCCCUGAAGAGAGAGCGAACAACACGCUCACUCAGGCUGAGAUGGAGAGCUGCAUGCAGACUUAUGCUGACACCUUCCAGGACUACCAAGAGAUGUUUGUCCAGUUUGGCUACGUGGUGCUCUUCUCCUCUGCCUUCCCUCUGGCUGCCAUGUGCGCUCUUAUCAACAACAUCAUUGAGAUCCGCAGUGAUGCCUUUAAGCUCUGCACCGGUCUGCAGAGGCCCUUUGGAAUCAGAGUGGAGAGCAUCGGCCAGUGGCAGACUGUGAUGGAAGCCAUGGGCCUGAUUGCCAUCAUAGUGAAUUGUUACCUGAUUGGUCAGUGCGGUCAGCUACAGCGUCUCUUCCCGUGGCUCAGCCCCGAGAUGGCCAUCAUCUCCAUCGUCAUCCUCGAGCACUUUGCCAUUCUCCUGAAGUACGUCAUCCAUGUGGCCAUCCCUGACAUUCCUACAUGGGUCCGAGAGGAGAUUGCCAAACUGGAUUAUCAGCGCAGGGAGGCCUUUAAGAAGCAUGAGCGACAGGCGCAGCAGCAUUACCAGCAGCUGCAGAGGAGGAAGAGGGAGGAGGAGGAGAGGCAGAGGCAGGCGGAGCAUAUGGCCCGCAGGGAAAGGGAGCGAGACGACAGCAAGGGCGACUCCUCUGGGGAUCACCACCACGAUAAAAGUCACAGCAGUAAAUCGCGCCCUGGGGGUGGAGGAGGGGGGGGAAGCGGGUCGGACAAACCCAAGAGGCCUAGCUCUCUGUUGGCCAACAAUAACGUGAUGAAGCUGAAACAGAUCAUCCCGCUGCAGAGUAAGUUCUCCUCUAGUGGCGCCCGCUCCCCCCAGUCACCCACUGGAAAUGAGCCGAAGCUGCCCGGGUUCCUGAGCUUCAAGUUCCUCAAGUCACCUGAAAAUAAGAAGGAAGGUGCAGCAGCUUCUGCGGCUGCCACCACAGCUGCGAAUGCCACAGCUACAGCAUCAUCAUCAACUUCAUCAUCAGGUAGCAGCUCUCACGAGCGUUCUCAGUCACCCAGCAAAGCCUUCAACCCUGGGAAACUGUUUAACUUUGGGAAAUCUGAGGGGGGGACGUGUGUGAACGGAGCUGCGCUGCCCAGACCCGGGGAAGGAUCAUCAUCACAGACGUCAGACAGACAACCAUCCAGGUCUGACUUGAACGGUGUUCCAGACGAGAUCCCCUCACCUGGAGGGGAAGGGUCACAGAACGGACAUGCAACAGACUUGGACCCGGCCGGCUCUAAAGUCUAGUAGCUCCAUAGAGAACAAACUUGGUCGCUGGUUACAUCUCAACCGAAGAAGUGAUGUGUUUACUGUGAGAAGAGCUCUGACCUACCUUCUGUGCUAUCACAGGCUAUGUGUAGAAGUACUUUAAGCAGAAAGAGGAGAAGAUGAAACUGAUGAGAGGUGACUGUUGUUUUGGUUUGCUUUUUUGCCGAGACAAAAAAAACAGGCUUUUUAAGAAAGAUGUAAGCCCUCUUAUCAUGAUCACACACACACACACACACACACACACACACACACACACACACACACACACACACACACAUACACAUACAAAUCCUUCCUUGUCUGCAAUACAUAAAGAAAUGCAUGAGCUGCGUUUCUAAUAUUUUUAAGCCUUUAAAGCAGAGAGCUGUGUUUGAUGAUUUCUUCUAGUCAUGAAUUGUAAGCAUCUCGUUGGCCUCUCACUAGGACAUAACAGCCUGCCUUAGAGGAAAAUAAUAUAAAAAAAAGAAACUUAUACAGUGGUAUGAAAGGAUCACAGAUUGUACAUCAAAUAACUUCUGAGAGUGUUUUUAGCCAUCACAACACAGGUGACCAUUGGAUAUUGUCUCAUUUUAACUGUGAGGAAUUCUUGGGCCCUUCACUUUUAUAUUGAAGUGGAAAAAAUUAAAAAGCAAUAUCAAUCAGUUUUAAUUAUUCUUAUCAAUCAUUACACAAACCCUCCCUUAAUACGCAUCCCUGAUGUAUCACCAGCUUUAUUUUCAAAGCAGAGGUGAUGUCUGAGCUUUGAACAUUUCUUCCCAUCUUGUGACAGUCGUAGAUUUGUUCGAAAAGAAAGUAAGGAGCUUCGUAAGUCGUGCUGUCACGUACCAGUAUUUUUCCCAAGAGAGCAAUUGGAAGACAGACAAGAAAAAGAAAAAAAAGAUUUUGAGAAAAUGAUGCAUGGAAGGCUGUUGCUUGCUGUUCUCCAUCCAAACUCAUACAGCGCCUUGUAAACACAGAUGGCGCUCCAUCUCACUCACUCUUACCAGACUUGGCAAGCGAGGGCAGAGUUAAAGAAGUAACAUUUGCACUAAACCCUUACGUCCUGCAUUAAAAAUCUCGCUCUGCAUGAGAGAGGACCGACACCAGCCUGCCUAAUAACAUUAUGCAAAAGCUGGAUUGUUUUGAUCUCCUCCUUUUACACAGUACAUGCUAUCUACUCACCUGGCCCUGCUCUCAGCAACUAUGGGAUUUCCUAAAUAUUCAGAUGAGUUUUUUUGUUGCAUAUUAAAAAACGUUUUUUCACAAAAGUAAAUUAUGUUGAACUCCAUAUCUUUUUUUUUUUUUUUUUUUUUAUAUGCACCAUUUGCUGCAUUACUUUAUUGCAGUGCUGGAGAUAAACAUUUCUUUUUUUAACCAAAGCGGUACUUUUCAGAUUAUACUGUUAACCCCAGAUGUAUGUGUACUGUAUGCUCUGUUAAUCGUGUACAUUAACACUGUUUAUGGUAUACAUUAUGCUGCUCUAGUAAGCAAGCCCAUUCUUACCGGUAUUUCACUUCUGCUGGGUCUCCAGAAGGUGGUACCAGAGUUAAUUUGCAUUGCAAAAUGUGUUUGUUGAGCAGUUUAUUAUGAUUUCCUAUUGACCCAUAACACCAGGGACAACAACAUUAGGGUAUCAGGCAGCAGUCGAAGAUCACUUUGGAACUUUUCUAAGUGUGUACCUUAUCUAAUGUCACCAUGAUUUUCCUUUCAGAGGCCAUCACACUGUAGGUGGAGAGACAGAAACAUUAACUAUGCAUUUACACACCAUCACCUCUGGCAAGGAUUUUAGCAAUAACACUGAGUUUUAGGAGGCUUGUAUUACCUUGAGUUUAGACGAACUCCCCAAUCCGCAGAACACAUCCUACUGCAUUAUCCCCAGCCAGCCUUUUCUUUGUGUCCCUUCAAUGUCCACCGUCGGCUCUCUCAGCUUUGUCUUAUCUCAUAUUUAAUGAGGAAUCAUCCCUGACUCAGUUUAAAUAAUAACCAUAAUCUCAUCUACUGCUUUGCGUGAACAGAAUGUGUCUAGUCUUGGAGUAAAGAUGACAUCGAGCUUCAAUCAGGUUUUUUUAUAUUUUGUUGCUGCUUUCAUGGGUCAGUAACAACUUCACAAAUCCACCUUUCAGUCACAUGCCUGAAGAAACAAACAAAGAAGUACUUCCACGGACAGGCACACAGAUCUUACUGACUCUAAAUGCAAUAAGGAAAUAGACGAGAUAACAUAAAUUUGUGUGGUCACAGUAUCAUUUUACUGUCUAUAGUAUGUUCUUUUUUAUAUUUGGAAGUCAUUGUUCAUUAUAAAUGUAACAUGAGAAGUGCAAGGCUGAGAGAAAUUUGAUAUCUUCUAUCAAUGACAGGAUGGUCAUUGUUAAAGGGACACAUAGAGAGAUAGAGAUAGAAAACAGGAAGGUAAGCGCAAGUCUCAUCAAAACCUUUCAUUCUUGCAGCAUUUGUGUUUUAGGGAUGAGUGACCAUGAUGCAAUAGAGUCCAUAUAUUUUUCAUUUGAAAGUUUUUGGCAGUCGGUAUUGAACAUUUGAAGCCAGUUUCAAAUCAGAGGUGACUAAAGUGAGAACGCAGAGCUAAGGACAACGGUUUAAGUCAUGCCUCCAUGUAUGUAGUUCCUCCUUAUUCAGGGAAAACUUACAGUUCAACUUCAUAUGAUAGGUUGGUUAAUGCUAUCCAUUUCUAUCACUUCUUUCAUUCUUGCACUCUUAACAGCAGCAACAACUUCUGCAUAUUGUCAACAUGGAGGUUUUUAAAUAAGCAUUGGUUCAAGUAAAUUAACAGAUAUUGGGUAACAUUGAAAACUUCAAGAAGAAUCUCAUGCCAGCGACGGCACAGGCCUCCCUCGUAUAAGGACACUAGCUCUGACAGCUGAGACUCAAAUUGUCUGUAGUUCACUAUCAAAGCAACAGUGGUUCUUUCAAGGAUUUGGGUUUCUCUAGACGGUCUAAUGUGAAACCAAUAAGGACUGAAUUUGGUAAAAGCUCUUCUGGAUGUUGAGUGGAUGGGAACAGGUGAGGCUUUCACCUCAGCUACAUUAAAACCUGACUCUUACCUCAAGAGUUUAAGAUGAGACAUACUUACUGAACAUCAUAUGCUCUUCCAAUGUACACAAAAAGAUCUUUUAAAGAGAAAUACUGGGAAAUGGGAUUAUUUAUUUAUUUUUAUUUAUUUUGUCAUAUUUUUGUAAGACCUGAAUAAUAGUUAAUAAAACUAUUUCAAAAGCA